AUGUCAAAUAAAGAAGCUUUAUCUCCUAGUAUCUCAGAAGUCAAUCCUUCCUAUUACUCUCCCAAAAAGCUUACUUCAACCAACCCACAACCAAGUUCAUCAUCUCCAACAGUUUCCCUUCCCAAAGAAUCAAACCCUAAAACGUCUUCCCCAAAACCUGUUGGUUACUCUAGAACUCGUAAAAGCCAAACCCCAAAGAAGUUUGUGCCUACUUCCCCAUCCUCUAAAAAACCCAAUUCGGAAGGAAGAACUCAUACUAUGACGACCUCUCAAAAUCUUAAGGCAUCUGUGGAAACUAUUGAGAAGGAAGACGGUAUAGAAGUGACAAGUCAAGGAGUGGAAACAGAGACUGCAAUUGAAAGGGGGAACUUAAGGGAAGUUCCUCCAGACUCAGGUAAUCCAACUUCUCUUGCAAAUGUUGAUAUUUCUGGGGAUUUGGGUAAAAGUGUGAGUAGUUUAGGUCAUACUGUGGUGAAUGAAGGAUCUGGCCCCUCUAAAAUAUCGUCUGCCUCUAAAUUAGUAUCUACAAUUGCAGUUCCUUGGAAAGAACCCACACCUGAACGGAAAGCCUCUUCAGAGGACGAACCUGGUUCCUCUAACCGUUCUGAGAGGGUUAAUUCUGAAGGAAAUGAAAUAAACUCUGAUGAUGCUGUUAUAUUGAGAACUAUAUCUAGAUAG